AGCAAUUGUAGGAAUGCGUAUCAAUCGCCAUCACUUGAAGAUGGCUAACUUGGUUUCCUUCAUCUGUCUCUGUCUGAGUUUUUUGUGGCUCUCCAACGCUCAGGAGGCGCCUUGUGAGAACUGCAGUUGUUGGGAGAAAUGCUUUGCUUCCGUUCCUCCAUCCCGGGCACCUCAAUAUGCUCAAUUGUUCCAAUUCGUCAAUCAAGUUCGAGCUGGAAAGCUCAUUGAUGGUGGUGUCAAAAGCUCUGCCCUCUUGUUAGAUUCGUCCCAACCUGACAUGAAUUCGUUCCGUCUCCAGAGGAACUUGGUAAAAUUGGCAGCUUAUGCGCUGAACUCUGGCCCACAAUGCAAUCCUACGGCCUUGGUGUCCCAAGUCCCUUGGGGAGCAUUCUGGUGGUUUCCUACGGAGGACAUUUGUCCUACAGCUUGUGAAUUGGACAAGAUCAUUAAUUACCUGCCCUACUCUGGCCAAUCCUCUAUCAAUCCCAUGGGAUUGACGUGCUACUUGGCCUUCAGGUCAAUGUUUGGGAACCCGUUCAAAUGCCAGUUCUCGUACAUGCGUUAUGGCGUGGCCUUCACCAACAGUCCGCAAACCUAUGAAAAACCAUGGUGCUACAUUGGCUUCCAAGUUCGAUCAGAGGUGUCAAUCUCCACACCCUCCUCGGGAUUCGCAAGUGCUCCUUGGCUCCAGAACUCGAUCACCUAUUCACCCUCUUUGCUGGCUGCCUCCGAGAGUUUGGUUCGUUGCGUGACGGGAUCUUGUUGCUCCACCUCGAGGAGUGCAUCCACUUUGCUGACAGAGGAGGCCCUGGAAAAUGAGGAGUCAUCGCGAUCUCUACCCGAUGGGACCACUGUAUAUGUGGAAGCGACCAAUCCCCACGCAGUGAAAGAAACCAAUGAAAGCCUGUUGCAGUUCCUCUCAAACCAAGAGAACAAGUUUGUGUAGAUCUAUGAAUGUCAUGAAAGCACAGGUAGUCAAUAUGAAUACAUUUUGACUCCAAACAUGUUUUAGAGGUGAAAUAUUCAAUUGACAUUUACUACCAAAAAGGCAACAAUGUUGGAGUGAUUGUAUGUUAAGGUUAUAGCGUACAUAUAUUUACGACGAUGUCCUUGCUCUCCAUUUCUCUGUUACCACGUCAUAUGCCGGUUCGACUUUUGUCCGUCUUCCCGUCAAGACCUCUUAUUAUCUUCCCAGUUCAUUUUACUUUCAUCAUACGAAUUACAUCCGUUAUCAAA